CGCGGGCCCAGCUCCCCGCCCCGAGGGCAGCCGGCGCGCGCGUGGCGCUGUGUGUCUGCGCGCGUGUGUGUCCGCGUGUGGGAGAUGAAUUGGAGUCACACAGCUGGGUGUUUCCUUCCGAGGGGCUCUGAUCAACAAUCCGCUAGGGGAGCAUGGAAACUUUUUUUUCUGACUGAAAGGAUGAAAACCGAGUAAGUACCCAGAACUUGGAACAACCAAUACAAGCAAAACCCUCACAGUAACCAUGUCCAUUCAAACCGUUUAUUCCCUUUUUAUGUGAAAAGCCGUGAAUGCUUACAGGAAAGUGGCAAUUUAAAACUGAAUGAAGGGAAGCAGUUAAGAAACAUGAAAGGCUGGAAGCUGGACUGCUUUUAAAACCGGAGGAAAAAUGAGCUGCUCCCGCAGGCUGGCCUGGAUCCAGCUGUGCAACAGGCACUUGGGGUUUUAACCUACUGCGUUCUUCAAUGCCGUUUUUAGGCUCCAGAUUUACUCUGGUGUUGUCUUCUCUUUUCCUGUAAAGCCUUUAUUGUGAGUUAAAGGAUGUUGUGAAAAUAAGGCAUUACCGAAAGCAACAGUUUGGCAGCCUGGGGGUGCGCUCAGGUUAUUAGUUACAACUAUUAUUAUUUGGAUGUCUUUUUUUAACCCAGGCCAGCCACUUUUUUACUGUCAUCCAUGGAAGGGCUUUUACUAACCUUCUCCAGACUUUUGGGACCGAUGAUUCUUUGGCAUGAUUCUUCGGAAAGUUCUUAAGCGGGAUGGAGCAAUCUUGAUUUAAGUUGUGGAAAAAGAAGACAGAUUUGUAUUUUUCAUGCUGACAAAAAAUAGCCGCUAUGACUUUUCCGGCAACGUGGACUCGGGCCAAGUGAAGCUGAACUGGUCAUGGUCUGUCGUCCAGGGUUCCUUUGUCGUCGGCGAUUCUGCCCCCGGCCCUUCUUGGUGGGCUUGGUGGUGGCAAUCUGUCUCUUCUACCAGACCCUGCCACUCCGAGGGACGGGAAAGCUCACAGCCACUGUCCCUGGGGCGGCCCCAAACACACCCAUUGAAACCCAGACAAGCAGAUGCAAGAAAGGAUUCACUCCGGACAAACAGUGCUUCCUUCUCUCCAGUAAUGGUCAGGAAAUCAGAAAGAUUGAAGAAUCAGUUGAGACACACUUUGGCAGCCAUGGCAGAAGGGCCAUUCUCUACAGGCCCCGUUCCUCCAGCAAAAUGGAGUGUCGACUCCACCAGCAGCUUCUCACUCAGCUUCACUACACUGUUGUCAUCAUUGAAGAAGGACUCAGUGCUGACCUUGGGCUGGGGCUGCUAGAAAAAGGUAAUUUGGGCUCUUGGGAUCUGCUCAUUUGCCUGUCUCCUAGGAAAGCUGGUGGAAAACCCUGCAUAUCCAAGGAAGAUAUGUGCCAGUUAGGUUUACAUCAAAAGGUAAACACAUUACCAGAAAUACAGCAUCAGCUUUGCAGAAAGGAAGGAUUAUGUCAAAUAAUUAGAAGAUUUCCAGAAUUGCGACUUCUGGUGAGCCCCUCAGUGUGUUUGGACAGGAGCACACAAUUCAAGCUGAGUCCUUCCAGUCACCUUUCAAAAACAACGAAGCCACAUAUGUGGAAACCACGGGCCUGGAGACAUGAACAGCUGAAUCAAACAACAGUCCUUGCUCCACAGGAAACAAUCUUUAGAGCCGAAGAUCUGUCUGUGAUUCUUAAAGCAUAUGUGCUGGUAACAUCCUUAAGCCCUUUGCGUGCAUUCAUUCAUUCAACUGGCACAGUUUGGAACCCACCAAAGAAAAAACGCUUCACUAUCAAGCUGCAAACCUUUUUUGAUACAUUCCUGAGAGCCAGUUCACCUCUUCAGGCUUUUGAUAAUAUGAAGGAUGCCAUUAGCAAACUCUUGCUCGCGGCGGAACUAUUCAGUGGAACAUCUACUCUAGGACCAAAGGCCUUCAAUAGAUGCAGGUUAUGUUUUCAGCUUUUGACUUUUGAUAUUGGAUAUGGCAAUUUCAGGUCCCCUGUAGUAAUGCAGGUGCAUGAUCAUUUAAACUUUCAAGAUAAUAAUAAUAUGGAUUUUGAGGACCAAAACACAGAAGAAUUCCUUUUGAAAGACACUUUCACUUUUCUCCUCUCUAAUGAAUCUUCACUUUCCAUAUUCUCUGAGAUAUUUCAGAGACUUUACAGAUCAGGUGUAUUUAAGGGUGAAAACUAUCAAAAGGAACUAAACCACUGCCUGUCUUUAGAGGAGAUUAACUCAAUUAUGACUUUCAUAAAGGAACUUAGGAGUUUGGGACAAUACCAACUGCUCUUCCCAUCAAGUAGUCCUGGGAUUCAAUCUUGGAUGCGUGAAUUUUAUGAUCUGGCAAAUCCUAUGGGAAAACCUGGUUCAGUCCUGACCCAAUACUGGUCUCUUUUAAAUGUGUUUGAGCAAUUUCAACUCCUGAAUAAAAAGGCACAGCUAUAUCCACUGGAAUGGAAUUCUUUCGCAGAGGAUGAGAACAUUGAAAAACCACAAGAGCCAUUUGAUGCAACUGAACAUAAAAAAGUUGCGGUUCCACAAACUGUGAAUGAAACCAAAGAAGUGCGCUGCAGUGAUGAUAAAGACAUACAAUGUCAUAUCAAGCAGAUCUUCACACAUCCGCCCUUGGAACUCAAGCCUGAAUUUCACCCGAAGAUCAAAGAUUAUUACUCUGAAGUCCCCUUCGAUGUGGUAACAGUGACAAUUGGAGUGGAGACUUCUAAGUGUCAGUGCAAGGUGCACCUGCAAGAACGGUCAGGGCCAAGCUUUGCCAACUACCCCCUGGGCUUAGGAACGAAUAAAAUCUCAAUGCUUGUGGUGGAUGAAUCUCCAGCCCAGGGUGAGGCCCUGAUCACGUACAAACUCACCAUCAAUCGAGAAGACCGUCCAAGUCUGCCCUUGUUUGAAGACUUCACAGCAUGUGGUUUUGUGCAGGAUUGUGGUUUGCCGAUUCAUCCAGAGGAAACCUGUGGGUUACAGCCUAUUUCAUCCGACUACAUUGAAGCCAUUUCACAAUCCGAACUAAAGAUUUGUCCUUCUGGUGACACAAAAGGCCAAUGGAUCGUACCUUGCCUUAGUUGUUCCGACAACAGGACCUGUGACUGGAGAGAAAUAACUUGGCAGCCCCACAACUGCCAAUACGGUGUCCUAACUAAACCUCAGCUGCAGCGGUGCCUGGAAGGAAGGAAGAUUCUUUUCAUUGGAGAUUCAACCAACAGAGGGAUAAUGUACUACCUGAUCGAAAGACUGAAUGAAACCUUGCAGGAAUGGCAGAAGGUGCAUGGCACUAAAAUCUAUCACAAUGUCAAUGGUGGGAAAACUUUGAUCAGUUAUUCCUACUAUCCCCAGUUCUGGAUAAACCCUUCAUUGAGACCAACAUUUGAAAAAGCACUUGAACAUCUCUUGCAAAGAUCACGUCCCCUGGAGAAUACAGGCCAGACGGUAUUGGUCGUUGGUGGUGUUCAGUGGCUUAAUUCCAAUCACCUGCAAAUUAUUCACAAGGUUUUGAAGAGGGAAAAUUUACUCAAUAUCCUCGUGAUCAUCAAAAGUUUGGGAAUCGGAUUUCAUCUGCCAGUGGAUGGAGUACAUUUCUUAACGCAGAGUGAAGUUCAGAACUUAUGGAAAGAAAACUUGAUUAUUCUGGAUGCUGCAAAAAAAUAUGGCUAUGAAGUGGUUGACACGUUCGCUAUAACAAUGGGGCGAUACAAAGAGUUUUUACAGGGGACCUGUGGAUGUCACUUCCAUGAGGUAGUGAAAUCAAAGUUAUCCAAAGAAUAUCACUUUAUUAAAAUAAAACAGUCAAGAAAUCACAUUGUGGGAAAAUAUUUCAGCAAUCAAAACCAAGUACAACAACGACAACAAGACUCUGUCAUAAAUUACCAAUCACCGUAUCAUGUCAGAGGUCCAAUUAAUCAGGUUUGCUCUGAAAUCCUUCUCAACAGGAUGUGUGCGAGUAGCCGAACUGUGUAGACUCCCUGCAGGAGGACUGAACUCGGAAUUGAAGACAAGCCAUUCACCUGGGUGAUUAUCCAAGAACGAAAUCCUGUACAUCCCAUGUAUUUUGGAUCAACCACGUGCACUCAUACGCACCAGCACACACUUACACACCAAUGCACACACAGCUGAAAAAAAGUAAUAGCGCUUUUCUCCUCCAGCUUUAUAAAGUCAAGAUGUGCGCUUGAAAAUAAGUUGGUGAAAGAUCGAGCUAGGAAAAUGUUAGCUGAAAUACAGUCAUAAACUAGGACCACUGUGGCCUGGGUAUUGCAUUGUGAUGUGGAGAAAAAGGAUAAUGCUCUUGAGUAUUGUGAGUAUUGUGUUAUCCUCUAUCGGUACAUUAAUACUGAAAAGGGCAAAAAAGCAAUUACAUUCCAUUUGUAAAUAGGGAUUGCGUGUGUGUCCUUUACCAGAUGACAAGGUGGCAUUUAUGAUGGUUUCGGCUUUGUGAAUCUAAUGCUUAUGAAAAGCAUUUCUUUGUGUACUUUUCAAAUGUUAUAACUGAAAGGAAAAGAACAGGAAUGCUUCACAAGGGAAUUCAAAUAGAUUCUAUGAGAGACAAGAAGUGUCAUAUUUUACAGUUAGAACACCCAUAUAUCUAACUUUGCACUCUGUACGUUUCCUAAACAUUCCCUCCUAUCCUGCCUGUGAAAUUGGAUGGGUAACUGCAUCAAAGUUGAUUAAACAUGUAAUUUAAAGUGAGAAACAAAAUACAGUUCUUCAUGUAUAACUUUAUUAUGUCUCAUGGAUGAUAUUAUUUAAGAAAGCUUUCUUUUGCCAUUAGAGCCCUAUGUAAUGUAAGAUUACAAGUACAUUUGAUGUAAAUGUUUUGCAAAAGAGUAGCAUUCUCUAGUGCCUUGGCAUUUAUUUCCAAAGCAUUUGUAAUAUGUCCACAAAUACUAGUAAGCACAUUUUUGUUUUCCUGAACAACUAUAUCUAAUCCAAAUUUAGAUAAGGCAUAAAUUAUUUUUUUAUUAAAACUGUGGCAUACGUAUAAAACAUAUCUAAUUCUAGUAUUGACAACUUUCCCUUCUAUAUUUUAGUUUCAAAAUAGUAAAUUUCUUUACAAAUGCUUUGUUGUGAGAUAAUAUCUCACUGUUACAAUGGUUUUCAAAGGAUUAUUUUUCUUUGGGGGAAAAAAAAGAGCCGAGAGAGUUAGUUUAAUACAUGGCUAAAAUUACCAAAUGUACAAAUACCUCAAUUUCAUUACUUUACAAAAAAAAUUAAUAAAACUAUUUUGAUCGAUCAAUUGCUUAGUAUGAAUAUCCACCUCCUUUAAAUACUCUAUUUUUAUAUAUAUUUUUAUAUGAAAGUAAACAUGAAUUUAUAUUUAACUAUCUUAAAUUAUAUUUAAGCACAAAUAUCACUUGAUAUUAACAAUACCUAUCUUCAUCUGAUAGAUUUUUUAAAAGAACGGUACAGACUUAAGCUUUGAAAUGAAAGGUUUUUCUGAUAUCUGCAGCUCUGUGCAAGCACCAUUUUUAGGUUUUCAGUGAUUUUUUUUUUAAUGAAAUAAAAUGUUGCCAAUUCAUGCGGCUUCUUACUGAGUUUUAUUGUAUCACAUACUCUGUAACGGGAUUAUAGUCAGUGGGUAUUCUUGUAAUUUACUGUCGACCUAACUGAAAUAACUGUCUGACUGAGGUUUGUCUGGCAUUUACCUCUUCCCCACUGAAGUAAUCAUGGAUUUUAGACACAAUUGUAAUGAUAACAUUAAUAAAUGUCUUACUAGCAA